GUUCACGAGAAAGGCCAGCUCCUAAACGCUAUGUUGUUAGCCAAUAAGACGCUGAUCGCCCUGUUGGCAAUGUCUUGGGUGGCAGCUUCAGAAUCUCUCUUCUUAUUGGGAACAACCGCAGCAGCUGGGGCCACUGCUGCUUCUGCUGCUGCAGCUGCUGUUACCGUUGCUGGCAUAGCCGCGCUCAAGGGAGCCAUCGUGCUCGGGGCAGCCCUCGGCGAGGGCAGGGAAGGGUCCAGGCUGAACCAGAGCCAGAACCGCAAACGUUCCAUCGCCGCGGUCCAGGAGGAGGCGGUGGAGCAACAGCAACACCUGAGAGACGGCGAGAACCUGAUCCUGGCCACCAUCGAGAGAUUCGACCCAGACGGCUGCAUCUUCAAGCUCCUGUGCCACCUCCAGGUGAAAGACGAAUCCUCCAGGACUAUCGAGGAGAACCUCCUGGUGAGGAUGUUCAGCAACAACACGGAUAUAGCCAAGGACUACAACGCCGCCUUCGUCAAUGCCGCCGUCAUCGGGGGCACGACCAGGGACGAUAGGGCCUGCAGCGCCAACUUCCCUCACUGCCCCCUUAGCGUUUGGCAGCUGGAGAGCCUAAUCAAAGAUGCCUGGGGAUGUGGCCGCUAGGUCUAGUUAGGUCUCUAUGUCUAGGCCUACCACCGAGAGAUAUCGUCGCCUGCUGCGACGUUGCUUUGGCAAGUGAGAGAGUAGGUUGAACAACAAAUACUGUACGCAAUAGAGCUUUAGACUAGAUUUGAAACGAGAUGUUAGGUACUUGUGGUGAGUAUGAGUCUAUAAUGAUCACGGGUUGUUAUUGUUAUCGUUGUUGAAUGACUCACUAUACUAACGAGUGCAAAAGUAUAUAAAAAAAAAUUCCUGUUAUUGCCAUUUGUGUCUCUAAAAUUUCUACGAAGAUGGUUUAUAAAAAUAUUCCCUCGAGUAGCUAUAUUCUGAUAUCAUGAAAAUGAUCAAAGUUUCUCACAUGUGUUAUUAUAAUGGUACAAGCUAUAUCUUUAUUAUAUCUGAGCAGAGCAUAUUUCUGUAAAUGACAGCAAUAAAAACAUUACACUUCCAAAGUUUUAUCUCAAGCUAUCAAAAAAUGUUAACCUUGGGAGCCUGAAUAUAUUUUUCAAACUGAAACUGAGAAUAAAAUGCCCAUUCCUCUAAUAUUUGUGCAGACACACUGAAACUAUACAGAUCUGCCAGAAGUUUCACUAAUGAGAAAUAUCUUGUACUUUAAUGCGAUUAAGUGUUCAGGAACAUCUGCCUACUGCAUAAUGUUCCUCUAAUAUUUGUACUAGUCAACUUUGUCAUUGGUUAUAUUCAAACAUGAGAGAGCGUUUGCCGUUUUAUAUUAUGCUUCAUGUCAUGUGCUGUGAAUCGGAGUUUUUAAUUUUUACAAAAAAAAAUGACUUUGUACGACCAUACCAUGUAGGUAGGACCUCAGUAUUGCACAAAGUUACUCAGUUUCUUAUUUUGCAAGAGACGUCCCAGUUUAUAUGCAUUAUGUAUACGAGAGCUGUGAAUUACUCAGCAGUAGGUCAUUAAAAAUUAUUUAAUUUGCCUUUUCAGUCUGAAUUGUUUAUCAAAUUUACUGCAUGUGUAAAACAAUAAAAACAACAAAAUGUU